AUGUGCAGCUCGAUGAAGGGUGAGGUGGCGGUCAGUGAAUCCGUCAAGACGGCCAAAUACAAAGAAGUCAUGUCACCGUCUACAGAGAUAAACUACGAAGCUUCCGGGAGAAGACCUCAUGAGAGCUCCAGCAAGCUCAAGUCAAGGCAUCUAUAUAUGAUUGCUACUGGAGGUAUCUUUUCUACGAUCUUGACCAAAAUGGCGGCUGCUUCAUUUGGCUUUGCCAUGGGUUACAACUAUUGGUUUGCCUACGCCAUCCUUGUGCCUUUCGAAAUCACCGUAUCCACGCUUGUCAUUCACUAUUGGAAUCCCCCGGUUCACGAUGCCGUCUUUCUCACGAUCCUUUUGGUUGUUAUUGUUGGACUCAACUAUCUCCCCGUCAAAGAUUCCGGUGAAGCUGAAUUUUUAUUCUCUUCACUUAAAGUCACAAUGCUUGUUGGCAUAAUGAUACUGUCCAUCCUCAUCGUCGCGGGUGGAGGACCGACCGGGGAGCGGGUUGGAAGCAGGAACUGGGACACUCCAAUCAAGCCAUGGAUCCUGGAGGGUAGUGUUGGCAGCUUGCUCGCUUUUCUUGGUGUUUUAGUGAGCAUUGUGCUUCCGAUGGGAUUUAUCGCUGAGAUGGUUGCAGUGUGUGGCGGCGAAACGAAAAACCCAGCAAAACCACUGCCUAAAGCUGCUCGAGCUUUUCUCUUCCGAUUAGCUUUCUUCUACGUCCUUCCCGUCUUCUUCGUCACCUUGAUCUGCCCUGCAGACGCACCGGAACUUACAUCUGGUGGUUCUGGCAUUGGCUCAUCACCUUUCGUUAUUGGCAUUAAGACGGCACAUAUUCGAGUUCUGGACCAUAUUAUCAACACCAUUAUCUUACUCUCAGCAUGGUCCGCAGGUAAUGUCUAUUGCUAUCUCUCAUCGCGAUCUUUGUACUCCCUAUCCAUUGAUGGGUAUGCACCUAAGUUCUUUGCGCAUACCAACAAAUAUGGAACACCUUACUGGUCAGUCACUGCGAGCGGCCUGGCGGCUCUCCUGGCCUACUUGAAUGUCAGAUCAAGUGCGGGUCAAGUAUUGACUUGGCUCGUCAACAUAAUCAACAUAUCGUCUGUUUUCUCAUGGGUUUUGCUCUCUUGGUCUUACAUUCGUUUCCGUAAGGCCCUCGAAGUCCAAGGCGUCGAUCGAAACAGGUUACCCUACCGCGCGAGACUAGGAAAAUCAAGCGCGUGGUUUUGUAUCUUCUUUUUCACCGUCAUUGGCCUCCUCAACGGCUUCCAGGUUUUCUUCCUGUCGGAAUGGAACGCAGCCGAUUUUAUCACUGCUUACAUUGGGAUCCCACUGUUUGUUCUUCUCUUUUUCGGCCAUAAAUACUUCAGAGGCCGUAGUGAGCCUUGGUUAGCGCCAUUGAAUCAACUGGAUUUGUCUCCAUUGAGUGUUAUCGAUGCGGUUAGCGUUGGAGGUGAGGUGUGUGGUCAAGAACUGGAUGGAGCUAAGAAGACUAGUGGCUGA